AUGUAUUGCGUUAUAGUUUAUCACACCUCUAACGAACAACAUCAUUCUCCAUCGAAUCAAUCCAAUGCUUCUACAACUGGUUCUUCUAAUCGGCAAACACUUUCUUUGUCAAGUGGAGGCUCCGAGCAAGCUACAGGACAUUCUCGUACUGGUAGGGGAAACAGUAGCAGCAGCAGCAGCAGCAGCAAUGCCAAUUCAUCAUCUUCGUCGGCCUAUCAGCAAACAAUCUACAAUACUGCUCACCAGAUUCCUCUCUUGUUGGAGCAUCACCAACAGGAGCACCAUUCCCAGCAGCAAACGCAACCGCCGCAAGUGCAUCACCAUCGGCAAGCAUCGCCGACGGUCUCAUCACGCUCCCAUCACUCGUCGUUGCACUCAGCACGAUCAACUGGCGCCGCCCCUCCUGCAUCCCAUUCCCAUCACCCGUCGCUUUCCCAUCAGCACUCCUCUUCUCUUGCGGUCACGGCAUCUUCCGCACAUGCACUGCCGUCACAGCAGCAGCAACAUCAGCAACCGCUUCCGCAAAGACAGCGACAUUAG